AUGAAGAAUUUUCAGUCCCUUCUUCCUGAAGGAAGCAAGUUUAAUCAAAUACUAUGCGCAGUUUUAAUCAACUUACCAGUAUUUGUAUAUGGUGCAAGCAUCGGCUGGAUGUCGCCUAUGACCCUGCUCCUGCAAUCCAAGGACUCACCUAAAGGAGUUCCCCUGACAGAUAAAGAGGUAUCAUGGAUGGCUGCUGUACCCUACUUGGUAUGCGUACCAGGAAAUAUUUUUAUGGCAUACGCGGGAGAUAAAAUUGGCAGAAAAUUAACACUUCUUUUCAUAUCAGCUUUGGGGGCCGUUAAUUGGAUUUUGCUACUUCUGUCGCUGGAAACUUGGGCACUGGUGUUGGCUAGAGCUCUGGUGGGAAUGACAAUGGCUGGAUGUUAUGUCACUUGCCCUACAUUUACCAAAGAAAUCAGUGAAGAUAGUAUGCGAGGUGCUUUAGGCUGUUUAACAAUUCUGUUUCACACAACAGGAAAUCUAUUUUUGUACAUCAUUGGCGAUAUAUUGAGCUACCGAACGAUUUUAUGGGUAUGUCUUGCAUUACCAGCAUUCCAUGUUGUAAUUUUUAUGGCAAUGCCUGAAUCACCUUCUUACUUGGUGAAAAGGGGAAAUGAAGAGGAAGCAGCUAGAGUACUUGCUUGGCUUCGUUGUGGACGAAUUAAUGAUGUGAAAGUACAACGGGAGUUGGACAAUAUUAAAAGGGAGCAAAAAAAUGACGAAGAGAGCAGCAAAUUCUUGCUAAAGGCAAUCUUCAAAGACAAAAUAUUGUUUAGAGCCUUUCGCAUUGCGAUGGUAGCAACACUCGCUCGAGAAGUUUGCGGCGCUAUACCAGUAUUAAAUUUUGCUGGGGAGAUCUUUACAUAUGCAUCAGAAGGCAAUGCGCUGGUCCUCACACCAAAUCAACAAGCAAUGCUUCUUGGAGCUGUACAAGUUUUAGGUUCAACGCUCGCGUCAAAUGUUGUUGAUAGAAUUGGAAGAAAGUCACUGUUGGCCACCACCUCUUUGAUCUCAGGAUUAAGCAUGUGCUCCCUAGCAUCAUGGUUUUUAGCAAGAUCGUAUGGAGCUUACACUCCCAAUUGGCUUCCCAUUGUAACGCUUUGCAUGUGUAUCUUCUGUGAUUCAGCGGGACUACAACCAGUGUCCAUUGUACUCACGGGAGAAAUAUUUUCUUUUAAGUUCCGUGGAUCAGUGCUCGCUGUUACUAUGGCUACAGCAUCGUUUGCGGACUUUCUGCAGAUGUUAUUUUUCAAGCCCCUUGCGAACUCAAUUGGAAUUUACGUGGCCUUCUAUUUCUUUGGAGGGAUUUGCUUGUUAACAGUGUUGUACGUGAUCUUUGCGGUUCCAGAAACUAAAUCAAGGACUUUAGAGGAAAUUUACGAAGACUUAAAAUCAAAAAAGGUGAAGUCAGUAGACGACAUUAUUAAAUUAGAUAAGAACAAAAACUGA